AUGUCGAAUCGCAGCCCAUUCGAGGAAUACGCAAAGAGGUUCCGGCAGGCUGCUGCGUCCGGCGGCCGCGGAGGUUUCCCAGCUGGCGGGGGUUUUCCCGGCGGCGCACCCAAGGGCCUCGGCGGGGGUCUUGUCGGUCUCCUCCUGCUCGGCGGCGGCGCCUGGUUUUUCCAGAACGCCCUCUUCAACGUCGAUGGUGGUCACAGGGCAAUCAAGUACAGGAGGUUGAGUGGUGUCAGCAAGGAUAUUUACAGUGAAGGAACCCACAUCAACAUCCCAUGGUUCGAAACACCAGUUGUCUACGACGUACGAGCGAAGCCGAGGAAUGUGUCGUCCCUGACGGGCACCAAGGAUCUGCAGAUGGUCAACAUCACCUGCCGUGUGUUGUCGAGGCCAGAGAUUCAGUCACUGCCCCAAAUCUACCGGACGCUCGGCCAGGACUAUGACGAGCGCGUGCUCCCGUCCAUUGUGAAUGAGGUUCUCAAGAGCGUCGUUGCCCAGUUCAACGCCAGCCAGUUGAUUACCCAGCGUGAGAUGGUCGCCCGCCUGGUGCGCGAAAACCUAUCCCGGAGAGCGGCGCGCUUCAAUAUUGUGCUGGACGAUGUGUCCUUGACGCACCUCGCCUUCUCACCCGAAUUCACCGCCGCUGUCGAGGCCAAGCAGGUCGCACAACAAGAAGCGCAGCGUGCCGCCUUCGUGGUUGACAAGGCCCGACAGGAGAAGCAAGCCAUGGUUGUCAAGGCCCAGGGUGAGGCGCGGUCUGCAGAGCUGAUUGGUGACGCCAUCAAGAAGAACAAGGCGUAUGUGGGGCUGAAGAAAUUGGAAAACGCGCGAGCGAUUGCCGGAUUACUCCAGGAGGCGGGUGGCAAGAACAGGUUGCUCCUAGACGCGGAGGGCCUAGGGCUGAAUGUGUUCAGCGACGACGAGAAGAAUUAA